AAGUACGUUACGACGGAAGUUAUCGUAGUGACGUUGGCGUGGCUUAUUUUGAAGUGGGCGUGUCACGUAGCGCGCGAAACUGCAGUUUAACUGUUUUCAGUUAGUCAGACAAACAAUAUUAUAUUAGUGACGUAGCUAGCUCUUAACCGUUACAUUUUAUUUCUGUUUAUUUUUUGCAUGAGUCAGUGUGUUUAAUCCUGUACUGCUGUCUGUUGCUACAACAGUUCAGGGAAACUUAUAGACGUUUUGUGUAAAACUUCAACAACCAUGUACCUACGUGCCCUACGCCGUACGUGAUGCCCUAUACAGCCUAUGGUGAUGCACUCGUUGCCUGGUAACGAGGAUAGGAAAGCACCGUGGCUUGUGGCCUUCAGGCUGGAACGUCCUGCUAACGAGUGUUCGAUUACAAGAAGCCCACAAAACUGCACCCAGACCCGGAGCUCUCUCUGGGUCUUGACCGGGGAAAACCACCUUUAAUGGUCCGUGAUACGAUGACCGAACCGGCUGAUACCAGCAGCCACGUUAACCGUAAUGAAGCCGUUAAAGAUGGACCUCACUGCCUGGUGGUCUCCACUGCGACUGUCUCGGACGCAGACGCCACCUCAAGUGUUGCGCGCCCCCCUGACCCACAGCGGGAGCACCCUGUAGCACACGAUCACGAUUACUGCAGGAUGGACGUCAGAAUAGCUGUGUGUGAGGAGAAACGGCACUUCACACUUCGGACUGACUCGGACGCUUUGUUCUACACCGGCAUGGCUCUAGAAACAUUCAACAUCCUUGUGUCGACACUGGAAGGACACGGUAGCUGUGCGUUUACUCUGCCUGUGCGUACUCAAGUUCUCAUGACGCUCAUGAAGCUAAAGACAAACUGUACGAUGGGAGAUCUCAGCAGACGGUUUAUUACACCACGGAGCACGGCGAUCAAGAUAAUCUCAUACUGGAUCGACAAACUGGAGGAAGUUUUGCGGCCUUUAAUCCUGUGGCUUCCAAAAGAAACCAUUCAUGCAACCAUGCCUGGCGCAUUUAAAAAGGACUUUCCUAACACGACAUGUAUGGUAGACUUCAGCGAGAGCCGGUUAGAAAACCCCAAACACUCAGAUUCACAUCACACGGUGAAGUACCAGGUGGCUGUUGCCCCAUGUGGACUCAUCAUGUUCAUCUCUGCAGCAUACGGAGGCCGAUGUAGUGACAAACUCAUAACGGAGGACUCUGGAAUAUUAGACUACUUAACUCCCAGAGAUGAAGUCAUGUUAGUUCAAGGCUCCAGCAUCAAAGAUUUGCUGCUAGAGAGAGACGUUAUCCUGGUCAUGCCCUCUUUCACAGAAAAUCAGCGACAGCUAACGGAGGAACAGGUGACAUGCAAGAGAAAAACUACCCAAGUAGGAGUUCAUGUUAAAAGAGCAAUCAGACGUUUGAAAACGUACAAAAUAUUAUCGCAGGGUGUUUCCGUUACAAUGGCUCCGAAAAUCAACAAGAUUCUGACUAUAUGUGCGGCUCUCGUCAAUUUAAAGGAGGAUCUCGUUCGUGAUUCUCGUUAAUUUAUCAUGUGAUGACCACUGACAAGAACUUUAUACAGAAGCAUCAAAAGAAAUGACAUUCAAAUCUACAAUGGCUGUAAAAUGAAUGGGAACAAAACAGGUCGGGAGUUGUGGAUAUUAUGUCAACAGUCUUUGUUGUUGAUGAUUUAAUUUAUUUUCUUACCUUUUUUUAAGUGAUUGAAGUAUGAUGAAGGCACACCCCAACAUUCUGGCUUUAUUUAUUUUUUCUAUUUUGUAUUUCAGUUUCUGUUUUUAAUACCUCUGUUGUUGUUUUUUACUUUAUUGGUCCUUAUUUGCUUCUUCAUUAUCUCAGGUAUUUCUACAACUGUGUUUUUUUAUACCAGAAGGCUCUGAUUGAUAUGAGAAUGAGGACAUUGUUUCUAUGGACCUUGGUACUCAAUAAACUCAAUAAAAAGAGAAUUAAAAAAAAGAAAAUAAA